AUGGCUGCAGCGGCUGCCCAACCUGCUGGUGAGGGUGGGUAUCCCUCCACAUCUCCAACCUUUCGUGCAAAAUCAUUCUCGAAGCUCUUUGCUUCAUCCUCCCAGCAACGUGUGCAUAUGUCAGCGACGCACUCGACCCACCGUGGGGAACCAGCGAUCACCUUCUCCCAUGCUGACAUUGAAGCUAUCGUGCAACCCUUCCAGUUCGCCUUGGUUGGUAAGUUCGCCCGUUCCAGGCCUCGUAUGGAGGAUAUCCGAAAAUUCUUCUUAACGCUUGACUUGAAGGAAUCCUUUUCUGUGGGAUUGAUGGACUCUCGGCAUGUCCUUAUAUGCUUGCACAAUGAAGCGGACUUCCUGCAGGUGUGGACGCGUAACGUUUGGUAUGUGUUUGGAAGUCCCAUGAGGGUGUUUAAAUGGACAUCCUUCUUUCAUGUUGAUAGGGAAUCCUCACCGGUGCUCGUUUGGUUCGGCCUUCCCAAACUUCCUGUCCAUUUAUUUGAGAAGCAAUGCUUGUUUCAGAUUGUCUCAUGUCUAGGCCGGCCUCUGUUUAUCGACUCCGCAACUGCUGCGAUGACUAGACCCAGCGUAGCUCGGGUUUGCAUUGAAGUUGAUCUUCUGAAGGAAUUGCCUCCGCGAGUUUGGAUCCAGGUAGGGGAGGGACAUGGUUUUUGGCAACCUCUUAUCCCCGAAAACUUGCCCAAAUACUAUGGGCAUUGUUAUCGUCAAGGCCACUAUCAGUCGGAAUGCCGUAUCAAGCAUCCUGAGUUGCGUCAAAGUGGGGAGGGUAAGGUUCGCGCAAGAGUGCGCCUAGCACCUCAACCUUUGGGGGAAGGUCACGCCCAGGGAGUGGGGGAUGCAGGGGGUCAGGCCGCUGACUUGUGUGCUACGGGAGGCGGCUCUAGGCAUGAUUUGAUAGGUGGUGCGCAGUCUGGUAGUGCUGAUGAGAGAGUGGAGGCUGGUGAGGAGACGGGUGCCAACAGUAAGGAGCCUGGCCAAGGGAGAACUGCUGCAAGUGAUGCUAGCAACAUGGAGUUCGUCAAGGAGGGUGUCGCGCAGCACCAGGAGAACGUUGAGCAGGAAGUCUUCAUCGCAGCGUCCGCAUUGGUGGAGACCGCUGUUUAG